CUACACCGCCAAGGAUGCCCGAUCCUCGCCUAUAAAUAGCCCGUGUCGCUCUCGCCUCUGUCUCCGCUUCUCGUUCGCUGCUCCGGGGUUAGGAUUUGUCGCUCGAAUCUUUUUGGGGAGGAAGGAACCAUGAUCGUCUACCAGGAUCUGCUCACAGGUGACGAGCUCCUCUCAGACUCAUUCCCCUACAAAGAAAUCGAAAAUGGAAUGCUGUGGGAAGUUGAGGGGAAGUGGGUUGUUAAAGGAGCUGUAAAUGUAGACAUUGGCGCAAACCCUUCUGCUGAAGGUGGUGAAGAAGAUGAAGGGCUUGAUGAUCAGGCUGAGAAGGUGGUUGAUAUUGUCGACACCUUCCGCCUUCAGGAACAACCUGCCUUCGACAAGAAGCAAUUUGUGACCUUUAUGAAGCGUUAUAUCAAGCAAUUGACACCCAAGCUGGAUGCCGAGAAGCAAGAGCUCUUCAAGAAGCACAUUGAGGGAGCUACCAAGUACUUAAUCUCGAAGCUCAGUGACCUACAAUUUUUCGUGGGCGAGAGCAUGCAUGAUGAUAGCAGCAUGGUCUUUGCAUACUACAAGGAGGGUGCCACUGAUCCAACAUUUCUGUACUUUGCUUAUGGAUUGAAGGAGGUCAAGUGCUAAGGAUGAUGAUGCCGCUCGCAAAGGGGAUGCUGUAGUUCAGUCAAAUAGUACUGCCUUUAUCUUUCUGCUAGAAGUCCUAUUAUGUUACGCUGGGUUAAUUGUUCUUUUUUGUCUUUUAAUUUAACCAGUUAAGUAAAUACUUGUUCGAGCUUUGCUUAAGUGUGUUUUAAUGAGUUUGUAAUGAGAUAUUAAGUACUGGGUUAUUGAGGAAUAAACUGUCGCUGGCAGCCAUUGCCACUGGCAAGCA